CGAGUUGAAGUUCAUUGAUUUGAAGUUACAAAACUGAUCACAUGGGCCUGUCUUUUUGCUCGCUGAGGAUUAACCUUGGAUUAACCGACUCCACUAUACAUCUCAUAAAACUUAUAUAAUUUUGAUUUUAAUAAAAGCCUUUCAUAGGCCAUUUUCACGCAAGGAUAAUACACACUACUACACAGGAAUGCUUAUCGGCCUCCUUUUUGGGGAUCGCGGCCAUAUUGCAAAAGCACCAUUGACACCGUCAUCAGCUACGCCGUCAGCUGUUUGCGUCAGCGGUCGUAAUUUAGAAUAUACAUUUAUGAUGAAAAAAGUUAAAAUUAUUUAAAUUUGAUUUACUUAUAGGCAAAGAGGAAGAUGCACAAGAGAUCUGAAAAAGAGUAGUUUGUUAUGUUAAUUGAUGUAGUAAUGGCCGUUUCCACCAACUAUUUUAGGGAAGCCCUAAUGAUAAGUAUUUCGCAGAAUCAUAACAUGUGGUGCAAACACCCUAAGUCAAGGCGAGAAGCGACACGCUGCCUAGCAAACACCCUAAGUCAAAGCGAGAAACGACACGCUGCCUGCGUCUUCACUGGUGCUUUGGCACGGUGGGAGGCUUGAGAUUUGCGUCUGGGGUUAUGAAGAUUUGCAUUAUGUUGAGGCAGCCCGGAUGACGUCAUAAAGUUAUCAGACAACCUACCUCUAAACUAACCCAAACAACCUUGCCUUGAACGUUGAUAAGUAAUCUAUUCGAUUUGCAAAACCUACGCCACAGUGCGAUCGAAAUCACCCUGGGCGUCACACCGAGUGCACAUCAGGAGUGCGUUUAGAAAUGGAGUGUGAAGGUAGAGUAGUUCUUUGUCAGAGUGUUCUGACGUCAUCACUAGGAGUGCACUCCGGGUGCGCUAUUUCUGAACGUAUUGGGGCGUUUCGGUAAAUUGUCAAUGUCAAACCCGGUAAAAACCGCAGGGCUGCGUUCAAAAACGUACCUGAGUGGGGUAAUUUGGGCGCACUCUGAGCGCGUCAACUCUUGUUUUCUGAACGAUUCCAGCUUAGAGCAGGUAAUUUCCUAGGUGGGAGGAGUAGGAACAUGGAGUUGGAAAAUGAAGCCAGUUUUUUCCAGGUAUUUUGAGAUCCAAAAUAAUGGCGGUAUAGCUAAUUCAAUGCUUUACCUGUCAUUUGGUGUACAAGCACCUGCUAAAAACUGGCUUCACUUUAGUUCCAUAGCAUAAUGCCGCGUCCCUGCUCCUUAUGUCCAUAGGACAGCGCUUUACCUGCUCUAAGGAUUCCAGCGUAACGCUCCGAGUAAGCAACUGUUAAUUUAUGAACGGUUUAGACUCUAGGGACACUACCACACCCAGCAAUGAAUAAUUAUUCAUAGCUGGUGUGCACUCGGUGUGACGCCCAGGGUGAUUUCGAACGCACCCUUGAACUGUCCUGACAUUUCAAGAAAAACGAAGAACGUCAAAACGAAAAGUGGGAACGAGAAGUGAGGUUAGAAAUUCACAUUGUCAAAACAUUGCAACACAAAAUAUAAUUUUAUAAUUUGAAAAUUAGCAGAAAAUAAGCGUAAAACAUGAACCAACUAUUGAAAAACAACAAUAUCAAAUUAUUCCAAACACUCCUAACGAAACAGCUAAACAUGUCAGUGGCAAUUCGUAAAAAAUUCAGCACUGAAAUCGAAAAUAAGUUCAAAGUAACAGGUUUGUUGGACGGAAGGCCCUUAUAUUUAGAUGCACAGGCCACCACCCCUUUAGACCCCAGGGUUUUGGACGAAAUGAUGCCCUAUUUAACGUCUUAUUAUGGAAAUCCACAUUCCAGGACUCAUGCUUACGGAUGGGAAUCCGAGGCAGCAGUUGAAAAGGCCAGAAAUCAGGUAGCAAAUUUGAUAGGCGCAGAUCCCAAAGAGAUAAUAUUCACAUCAGGUGCAACGGAAAGUAAUAAUAUAGCAGUGAAAGGAGUAGCCAGAUUUUAUGCUUCAAAAAAGAAACACAUUAUUACAACUCAAACUGAACAUAAAUGUGUACUGGAUUCUUGUAGGGCCCUCGAAGCAGAGGGCUUCAAGAUUACAUAUUUGCCAGUACAAACUAAUGGCCUAAUUUCCCUAGAAGAACUAGACAAAGCAAUAACACCAGACACCUCAUUGGUAUCCAUAAUGACAGUGAACAAUGAAAUAGGUGUACGUCAACCAAUAGAAGAAAUUGGUAGAUUAUGCAAAGCUAAGAAAGCAUUUUUUCACACUGAUGCCGCUCAAGCAGUAGGCAAAAUACCUUUGGAUGUGCAAAGUAUGAAUAUCGACUUGAUGUCGAUUAGUGGACAUAAAAUUUAUGGACCAAAAGGAGUUGGAGCUAUUUAUGUCAGAAGACGUCCCCGAGUGAGAGUAGAAGCCAUUCAGAGCGGUGGAGGCCAAGAACGUGGUAUUAGAAGUGGAACUGUACCUACACCAUUAGCUGUAGGACUUGGUAGUGCCUGUGAAAUUUCACAGCAAGAAAUGGAAUAUGAUCAUGCUAGAAUAAAAAAGUUAAGCAACAGAUUGAUGGAUACCAUCUAUGGAGAGUUAACACAUGUUAUUAGAAAUGGGGAUCCUGUUCAUACAUAUCCAGGUUGUAUCAAUUUAUCUUUUGCCUAUGUAGAAGGUGAAUCAUUACUCAUGGCUCUUAAAGAUGUAGCACUAUCUAGUGGUUCUGCUUGUACUUCUGCCUCUUUAGAACCCUCUUAUGUUUUGAGGGCUAUUGGGACAGAUGAAGAUUUAGCUCACAGCUCUAUCAGGUUUGGUAUUGGUCGAUUUACAACUGAAGAAGAAGUGGAUUACACGGCCCGUAAAUGUAUAGAUCAUGUAACAAGGCUUAGAGAAAUGAGUCCCUUAUGGGAGAUGGUACAGGAGGGUGUUGAUUUGAAAACAAUCCAGUGGUCUCAGCAUUAAGUGAAUAUUUAGUUUUGUUUUAUUGUCUCAAAUAAUAAGAGUUGUAGGGUGUAAAUAUUUCUCAAAUUAAGUAAAGUGUUAAGUUUAUGUAAUUAUCUUUGAUAUAAUAAGAAAUGAGUUUGUGGAUAUUUUUGUUUUGGGUUUACAAAGAGGAUGUAAAAAUUGUUUGGUGCUUUCUGACACUUACAUAAAAUAAAAUUACUACCUAUUUCUU